AUGAUAAAAGUAAGAAUGCGAAUCAAGAGAGGUUGUUAUCUACCGUUUUGGGUGGAUGUCGUGGAUGCUGAUGUUCCCCUACUAUUCGGUCUGGAUCUACUAGACCGACACAAGCUCGUCGCGGACAACACUGACAACGUCCUCGUCAGCAAAAUUGGUGGCUGGCAAGUACCGAUAGUUAGAGCACACGGUCACAUGUUCGUUCGAUGGGACUUACACGAGGUUAUGUACACCCGCACCGAACUCGAGCGACUACACCUACACUUCUUUCAUCCUUCCGUACAGAAGCUGCUCAACCUCCUGAAACGAGGCACUCCAGAUCGCGUCAAGAACGAUACACCCACUAUCAUCCAAGAUAUCGUAGACGAGUGUGCAGGAUGCAAGCGUUUCGGUAUUCGUCCGUAUCGUUUUAGAGUAUCAUUGCCGAGUGAUGAGGUGAUUUUUAAUCACGAAGUCGCCGUAGAUCUCUUCUGGGUUGGCGGUAAUCCUAUCCUCCACGUCGUCGAUACCCAUACUGGUUAUCAAAAUGUCGCCCUUCCGAAGAGUCUGUCCGCUAGGCAUGUAUGGGAUGCGUUCUUAGAGGCGUGGGUUACAGUGUACGUCGGUAUCCCCAAUCGUAUCCGUGCUGACCAGGGCUCUGUCUUCACUUCCAAGUUUUGGGACGACAUCACUACGCUACAUGGUAUCGAUCUUCAAUUAUCAGGAACACAGAGCCACAACUCGAUCGGAAUCGGUGAAAGAUAUCACGCCCCUCUACGGCGGAUAUUUCGAGUCAUUCGUUCGCAGUAUCCGAAGCUCGAUCCCGAGAUUGCUAUUCGCCUUGCUGUAAAGGCCGCCAACGAUACACUAGGACCGAACGGUUAUGUCCCCUCACGGUUAGUCUAUGGAGUUGAUCCUGCAUUUCCGGUAGUGAACGCGCAGUUGCCAGCUCAGCGAGAACGCAUGGCAGCUUUAGAGACGGCAAAACUCGAAAUGGCGACAAUCACAGCGCAACUACGCAUCCAGCAAGCACUUAAAUCAAAGCUUCCACCAGCCAGUAGAUACGACAUCAGACCGGGGGAUGAGGUCCUGGUCUAG